AUGGCCCGUCGGAAAGUAGCUCCAGAAAAUCGGAUCCGGGCCGCGCAGGCAUGCGAAAACUGCAAGAGGAGGAAGCAAAAGUGCAACGGUACUAUCCCCUGUUCCAACUGCAGCAAGCGUCAGGUACAAUGUUUGUUCUGGCACCCAGUCCCCGCGACCGGAACGACCGCAGUGACGAGCAAUGCGCCGCCAGAGCAGCGGGAUUCCAAGAAGCGAACCCUGAAUAAGGCGCAAAGUAGUUCGGCCACCUCAAGGCGAUUAGCGCAGUCCACGCCGGACACUGCUUAUCGGGAUCAAAACAUCUCCUUCUCUGCCUUGGACAGCACAACGCUACCGAACCAUGUCGCGCCCUCGGGGAAUCCUGCGCAUCGUUCACCUGCGCAGCGAUCACAGCCUCCUCGCGACCCCUUUCCAGUUAUGAGCACGGCCAAUGGCAGUCUGCCGCAGGUCGACCAAAGCGGCAGCUCCGAGGAGGCGGAUGAGGCUGAAUUGCAGGGCAUGUCGCGCAUGCUGAACGAUGGAAAAGGGAGAAUGCUUUAUAUCGGCGAUUCUGCCCCAUUAUCUUACCUGCAGACUAUUCGACAGCUUGUGAGCAGCGUGAUGGGAACUUCGGCAUUGACUGUCGACCCGCAUCGGCACACCAUCCUUGAAGCUUCCGUUCAGACACCUCCUACUUAUCAACAUACAUAUACGCUUCCGGAUCGAGAAGCCGGACUUUUCCUUGUAGAAUCUUUCUUUGUAAAUACGAAAGGGAUGCUGCAUCUGUUUGAUGAGCGAUCUUUCAAACAACGAGUGGAACGAACAUAUCAAAAUCCGCUAGCUGCAGAGCAGUCUUGGAUGUGUAUUUUAUACCUCGUUUUUGCUGUGGGUCUUCAACUCAGAUCCGCCUCUCCACGACCAUCCGAGAAAGAGGCCGCUAUCCUCAAACGCUUAUUAUCCGACAAAUUGGAUCGCGGCGAGGUGUUUUAUCUAGGUGCCAGACAUCUCAAGGAUUCCGCGUCGGGCAUUGAAGAUGGCGAUUUUGCGUCUAUUCAAGCCUUGCUGCUCAUGACCCUGUAUAUGUUGUCUGUUGGAAAGCGAAAUACAGCCUGGGCAUAUAUCGGCAUGGCGGUCCGUUUAUCUUAUGCGUUAGGGCUGCAUAGAGUUGAGACACAGCGUGUCUAUGAUGAGUCGGAAAGGACGUCUCUGUCUGUUCCUAGAAUUCUUUUAUGGCGCAGUCUUUAUGUGAUGGACCGGUUUUUGGCUGCAUGUCUAGGUCGACCAACAGCGAUCCAAGAUGAAGAGAUCUCCGAGGAGCUGUUUCCUUCGAAUGAGGAUAUACGAACGGCUCCUAGCCUAUUCGAUAAUUUUGAAUUCGAGGCUCUCUCUGCGUCUAUGCGAGCAGCCAAGAUAUUAGGCACUAUUCUGCAUCAAAUUUACCGAUCUCGCAAAGUCUCGCUUCAGAUUGCGCGAAACAUUGCCGUAAGUAUUCAUGAGUGGACCCAAUCUCUCCCAGAGAUCUUGCAGUGGCGGCCAACACCAAUUCCACAUGAUGACCCUGGAAAAGCCAUGGGCCAGCUGCAUCUGUGGAUGACGUAUUUUAGCACUAUAAUUCUUCUAACGCGCCCGUUUUUACUCCUUCAUGUCAAGAAAGUGAUUGCCUAUCAGCAACGAUCGAAAUCACAAGCCUCGCCUGAAGCGGUUGCGAACUCGCCCGCCGAGAGUCGAGUAGCGGGCAAUCCAGAACUACACAAGUACUCUGCUGCAUGUGUUCGUUCAGCGACACAUUUAAUUCGUGCGGUGCAGACGAUUCGCGUAAAGGGUUGUUUACCAAGGAGGGACCCAUUCAUCAUAAACUGGAUGUUCAUUGCAGCCCUCAUAGUAUUGACAAAUUCUCUUUUCAACGUAUAUGAAAACCCUGAGAACGACUCGAUAGCACAAAUUGCUGUUCUGCUACACCAACACUUUGGCGAGUGCGAUCCGUUAGCCGCACGUUACCAACAGAUUCUGAAUUCUUUUCUCAAGACGAUAUCCGAUUACCGAUAUUCAGCAUCAACACCCACGAAAGGAUAUGGCCAAGACCCAAUCGAGAACCUCUUUUCGGGUAAAUCCAGCAUGAUGCUAGAGAUGGCCCAAGACCAAGUCACUACGGACUAUGCAAAUCAGCCGCAACCACCGAUGUGGAACUGGGCAACUAAGCUGCCCUCGACAGAUAUGUUACCUGAUAUCACAGCGGCAGGCUUGACCGUCAACGAUCUAGGCGACAGCGUUGAAGGUCUUGUCUAUCCGGGUUCAGAAGAGCUGCUCGGCCCGGAUCUCGGGCCGAUUAUGGAAGAAGUCAUUCACUUCGAUACCCUUUGGCCUUUCAACCAAGACACUGGACUCUAUCAAGGAGAUAUACCGAUGUACGGAACCAGUAAUUACUUGUAA